CCUUUUUUUCCUCCUCUCUAAGGCCUAAAUGAUAUAUCCUAUUGUCUUUAACUCUCUCUUUCUCUGGAUUUCUCUCUCCAUCUAUAUAUAUGGGCCAUACAGAGUUUACUGUUGUGAUACAAUUUAAUUUAUAGCCAGAAGAACAUGUCGAGCUGCGUCGAUGCUGUGCCUGAGCAACUCUGCUACAUCCCUUGCAACUUUUGCAAUAUUGUUCUUGCGGUGAGUGUUCCAUGCAGUAGCUUGUUUGACAUCGUGACCGUCCGAUGUGGUCACUGCACUAAUCUAUGGUCAGUGAACAUGGCCGCUGCCUUUCAGUCACUUUCAUGGCAAGAUGUUCAGGCACCAAGCUACAGCUUGCCAGAUUACAGAAUUGAAUUGGGAUCUUCAUCAAAGCAUAAUAACAAGAUCUCAAUGCGAUCCCCAGCUUCUCAUGCCUCUGAAGAAAGGGUUGUUAAUCGACCUCCCGAGAAGAGGCAGCGAAUACCUUCUGCAUAUAACCAGUUCAUAAAAGAGGAGAUUCAGAGGAUCAAAGCAAAUAAUCCAGACAUCAGCCAUAGAGAAGCAUUCAGUACUGCUGCCAAAAAUUGGGCACAUUACCCUCACAUUCAUUUUGGGUUGAUGCUGGAGACCAACAAUCAAGCUCAGCUGGAUGAUGCCUCUGAGAAGCACCUAAAGUCAAGGGCUGCACUGUACAACAAAUGAUGGAUUUGAUUUUUCAAGAUAAUUUCAUGGAAUUAAGAAGUCCAUGCUCUUUGACGAAGUAAAGAAAUUGUUGACUUCAAUCUUAAUAUGUUUCAACGACAUGAUGAAUAUCUCUCUUUAUAUAUAUAUAUAUUUAUAUCUUUCAUCUUCAAUGUAUUUGUCACAAGCUGUAUCAGCUGAUGCUAUUUUACUUGACUUGAACUAAGCCUACUUCCUUAGUUUGUCAUCUUCUAUGUGAAAUUAUGAAUCCUCAAGUUUCCAAGUGAAAGAUAAGGCUAAAAUAAAAUUUCAAUGUACUAUUUUUAUCUA